AUGUCGUCUGAGCUACCAGCGCCGCCAGCUAGCUUUGUGGUGCGAAAAGACAAAAUCCUGCAGCAACUCAACGUCCCUGUGUCAGACUACACAGACUUGUCACCCAAAGGCUCGGUAGAUGCCAACAUCCGCGACCUCAUAGACGGGCUCAACGAAUUUGACGGACUUGUCACAACGAGCAGCUGCGGCGGCCGUGUCAGUGUUUUUCUUGAGGGGCGUCGUGAUAUCGAUACCGCCUCGUCUGGCGAUGCUGUGGACGAUAGGCAAACCCAAGCUGGCGUAGGAGGAAAAGGGGGCGGAGGAACAUGGCUGUUUGUGUCCCAUGAUCGCGUUGACAUGAAGACUGUCGAGGACGAAGAUGCAGCAUUGCGGGUGAUGGGCCUGGAUGUCACUGGAGGGAGCCCAGUCGGCAUUUCCUCGAAAAGGCUCAUACACUUCAAGUUUGAACCAAUGAUACUCCAUGUUUUAACUGCCUCCACUGCUCACGCCCAGCUUCUCCUCAAGUGUGCUUUCCAGUCUGGAUUUCGCGAGAGUGGCGCAUUGAACAUCACCACGGCCAACGACAGCCCCAUCAUACCCAUGGUUGCCGUUCGCACCAUGGGACUGAGCUUCGAGUCCUUGAUCGGCGUUGAGACGGAGGAUGGCCGACGAGAAGCCAUUGUGUCCGCCUCAUACCUGAAAACACUUCUUGAUAUCGGAAACGACCGCUUUGUCGAAAAUGACAAGAGAAUAGCGAGAUUCCGCUCGGCGUUGAGAGAUGCCGUCACAGGUCGCCCAGCCAAGGUUGGAGAAAACGGUGUGGACUGGGAGGAUCCUGCGGCCAGGAAGGAGCGCAAGAGAGCAGAAGGGCUAAGGCGCAGAGCUGAGAUGGCCGCUGCGGGACGAGAUCGCAGCGUGGCAGGCAAGCAUCACGAGAGCACCUCGGACCAAGAUGACUUGAAUGGCGAUGAUGCCCUCGACGGUCUCUUCUGA